AUUUCAAUAUAGAAUAGCACAAGAUGCUUGCUCCUACCUUAAUGUAUCUUCGCUGUGAUACCCCGACAAAUAAUUAAGAAGGUCUAUGGUCCUGAAGCAGCAGUUAUGUUCUUGUAAAUACGUCCUGAAGCAACGGAAGAAAGCCGGUGAUUGCUUUCUUCACCAUCAGCACCGCGGACACUGAAACUGAGGGGGGAUUUAGAGGAUGACAGCCCCGCCGGCUCAUCCAUCACUAUCCAUGAGGCGGAGAGGUGAGGCUUCUCAACACCUGUCAAGACCUUGAGAAAAAGAAGAAUGAGAGAUGGCCCAGGACAGUCUGACGAUGUAAUUCAUUCAUCACUGCAGUGUGUGUGUGUGUGUGUGAGAGACAGACAGAGAGAGAGAGAGAGUGAGUCGGGGGUGUGUGUGAGUGUGUUUGUGUGUCAGACGGUAUUCCUGCUUGUCUCGCUCCACCAGUUAAGUUAAAUCAGAGGCAGCCUCUGGCACACCGCGGUGGUCUCUCUAUCUGUGUGUCCGUCCCACUCCGAAAACAUCGACAGCUUCCUGAUUCAGCACCACAGGAGGCCCUUGCCCAAGGCCUGUAUCAGUCACCACAGACGCCCCCUGCCGUCAGGGCCCCCCUGUUUGAAAAAAAGUCCCAGGAUCUGGCACUUUAAAGGAAAAAUGGAGAAUGUAACGGCAGCAGGCGCGACAGAAAGGAUAGCUCUGACGUGUGGCUUGUCUGGGAGCCAUAAAUUCAUCUUCACCCUGAUACCCAUCGUCUACGGGUGUAACUUUGUCAUCGGCAUCGUGGGGAACAGCAUGGUGGUGGCCGUCAUCUACUGCUACAUGAAGCUCAAGACGGUGGCCAACAUAUUCGUGCUCAAUCUCGCCGUCUCUGACCUCACCUUCCUUAUCACGCUGCCCAUGUGGGCCACCUUCACCGCCACGGGCUACAACUGGCCCUUUGGAGGGUUCCUGUGCAAGGCCAGUGCCGGGCUGGUGAUGUUUAACCUAUACACCAGCAUCUUCUUCCUCACGGCGCUCAGCAUCGACCGCUACCUCGCCAUCGUCCACCCGAUGCGAUCACGCGGGUUGCGCACCGUCGUGUACGCCCGCAUCACCUGUGUGGUGAUCUGGCUCUUUGCGCUUGUGCUCAGCGUUCCCUCUGCACUCACCAGGGACGUCCACAACUUCACCAACCACAGUAAAGUGUGUGGCACUUUUCACACCAAGGAAAAGAAGAAUGAGGUUUGGUUGAAACAGGUCCUGCUGGCCAUCAGCCUGAUGAAGAGUCUGCUGGGCUUCCUGCUGCCCUUCAUCAUCAUCAUCACCUGUUACUGCCUCAUCAGCCGGGCGCUGGUGGGGGCGAGGCACAUCCAGAAGAGUUCCCGGUCACGCGACGACGAGGUCCUGCGCAUGCUCGCGGCAGCCGUCCUGGCCUUCUUCCUGUGCUGGGUACCCCAUCAGGUGUUUCACUUGAUAGAGAUGGUCACCCAGAUAGCAUGGAUGGAUAACUGCGCCAUCCGGGAGAUCAUCGACACCGCCAUGCCCUUCACCAUCUGCAUCGCCUACUUCAACAGCUGCGUGAACCCCAUCGUGUACGGCUUUGUUGGGCACAACUUCCGCAAAAACUUAAUGCGCCUGCUGCGCUGCUUGCCGGGCGUCGCCAGAGGGCCUCACCCGAGCAUCAGCUCCAAGAUGAGCGCCCUCUCUUUCCGCGCCUCCGAAGCACUGAGCCUCACGGCCAAAAGCAAGGCCUCCUCGGACGUUAAGUGACACAAAUAAAAGACAGAGGGUUCAAGUUCGCUCUCCCUGAGCUUUCUGUCUGUGAGGCCGGGAAUGGAGACAUUCAAAGCUUUCCAAAACCCAACUGUAUUAAAAAGCACUGAAGCAUGCAGAAUGGUUUAACUGUUGCAUUCAUGUCCCUCUGACUUUUACUACUCUGUAUAGCGCAGGAUACUCACUGGUCACACAACCCAGAUGCUUCUCUGCAAACCUGUCAAACAAAUGACACAGAAAUCCAGGCAUUAAGACUAUAUCAAUCCUAGGAAAGACUAUACAUAAUUACAGAUCGCUUAUCCCACUAUUUAUAUAAGAUAUGCAUGCACUGCAGGAGUUUGCCGCCUUAAGGAUGCAAUGCAGUAACAUAUUGUCCAGUGGCUCAGCAGGUGUUUCACAUGAUCAAGAGCUCAGCAAAGAAGCCAAAGCUUAGAAAGAAUAAAGAAAUCCUACGCCACCUUGCAUGCUCUGCCGGUCGCUGUGUAUGGAACAAUUGGUGUACAAAAAUGUGAUGUACUUUGAGUGUUUGCAUGUGAAGAAAUGCUGAAACGCGGUCUAGUUUGGGAGAAACAUGCCGUAUAGAAAACAUUCCAGGCAGCGUGAUCAUUGUGGAUUUUGGUGGUUGUCUUUGUGGUAUUUAAACAUGUUGAUAGAUUGUUUUUCCUACUCUGUGUUUGUACAGUUUGUGAAUAUAAGAAAAUGUGAAUUAAAUGAAAGAAAAUCCACACUA